AUGGUCCAAAGUUUCGCGGAGUUGGAUGGGGCUGUAGCGGUUGCGGCCGAGCCAUACAACGUCCCCGAUCACCCUUUGUGGUCGGGAUCCGCAGACGGCUCGGUCGCGGUUUAUUGGGGGGAACUGGUGGUCGUAGGUAGAUACUUUUCGCCCACAAGGCCCUUCCAAGAGUUUCGGGAGUACCUGGACGAGCUCAACCUAGUCGUUAAACGGCACUUGGCUUGUCCGGUUCUGAUUCUGGGGGACUUCAACUCCAAGUCUGUCACUUGGGGCUCUCCCAGGACCGAUCAGAGAGAAAUGGCACUCGAGGACAUGCUGGCGGCCUGCGGGCUCUCUGUAGUCAACGAGGGCUUGCAGCACACCUGCGUUAGGCAAAGUGGGGGGUCUAUUGUGGACGUAACGUUCGCCUCCCCUUUGGUGGCUGCGCGCAGUGUGUCCGAGUGGCGUGUCAGGGAUGACAUGGAAAUCCUGUCGGACCACAAGUACAUAACCAUGAGAGUCGACGUGCUCCUUGCCCGCCAGCGGGGUCGCCGUUGGGCGAAAUAA